AUGGAGGAUAGCCUAAAGAAAAAGGUAAGGAAACGAAGCGGACAUAAGCUUUUCGUUAAAAAUGUGUUGUCUAGUUACGGAGAUUUUUUACCCGAAGAAGGACGGGAUUUAUCUGGAUUAUCUAAGAACAAACUUGAAUCGUAUCGACGGACACUGAAUAAACAGAAGUUAGAAUUGGAUACUUUGAACAACGAAAUUUUUGAUCUUUUACCGGAGGAAGCAGUCGAAAAGGAGACGCAGGAGAAAUUGGAGUUUGAGAGUGAAAUUGAAGACGCCUUGUGCAUCAUAGAAGGAGCAAUUGGAAGUUUCAGUUUAAAAGAUGGUCAAUCUAUUGGAAACGAAAACUUUAAUACCUCGUCGGCCUCCAGUGCGGAAACAACAGGAGCGUUUAAACAGCAAGCAAAGUUGCAGAAACUCUCGAUGCCAACAUUUGACGGCAAGGUCGAAAAUUGGCCUUCCUUUUAUGACAUUUUUGAAUCGGCAGUACAUUGCGACCCUCAUUUGUCGAAUGUUACUAAAUUUCAAUACCUGCAGUCUUUAUUGAAAGGUGUAGCAAAAGAAGCGAUUGCCGGUCUAAAAGUCACGAAUGCAAAUUAUGAAAGCGCCUUGCAAAUUUUGAAGGAGAGAUUUGGACAAAAACAAAUUUUGAUCUCUACACACGUUACGACGUUGGUUUCGCUGUCCCCUGUUGAAAGUUGUAGCGAUUUAAAAAACUUGCGAACCCUUUACGAUAAAACAGAGUCAGUUGUUCGCAGUCUUGAUGGCUUGGGGAUAACCGAGGAAAAUUACGGAACAUUUUUGACCCCUGUAUUGUUGGGAAAAUUACCGAACGAACUUAAGAUCACAAUUAGCCGACGGUUAGGAAACGGAAAUUGGGAUUUAAAGCGCUUGUUAGAUACCUUCAAGGAAGAACUGAUGAUAAGAGAAAAUUGCUUUCUAAUGCCGAAUGAUGGCAGGAAAAGGUUACCUAGAGUUUCGCCUUACAGAGAACGGGAAGAAAGGCAACCAACUGUAUCCACGCUUUACACGUCAGGCAAUCGUGUUGCCAAACCAAAUUGCGUAUUCUGCAAAGGUGACCAUCCGUCGCAGAAGUGUCAAACCGUCACGAAGCCCUCGACAAGAAGAAGAAUUUUGAUGCAAAAUGGAAGAUGCUUCAUGUGUUUCAAAACUGGGCAUAUUGCAGUUAAUUGUUUGUCGAAUAUAAAGUGCUAUACUUGUGGUGGAAAACAUCAUGUCACUAUUUGCAGUGCCGAGAAAAGCCCAACAAAAGGAGGACCAGUUGCUGUCGAAAAACGAAGAGAAAUUCCACCACCGGUGGUGGGUGAUAUGCAGUAUCAACCAAGUGAACAUAGCGUACAUCUUGAACAAGUACCAAUUGUGUGUAGUCCGCUUGCAAAUCAACCAAUCGGACAUGCUAAAUCUCAUUUUCCGCAUAUACGUAACUUGCCUUUGGCUGAUUAUGCAACUGGUAAUGAAGAUUUAUGUAUUGACAUUCUUUUGGGUUCUGAUUAUUAUUGGUCGUGUGUAUUAGGCCAUGUCGUACGGGGGGAGAAUAACAUGGGACCUACUGCUAUGCUUACUCGGUUUGGCUAUGUUUUGAGUGGACCCGUUAAUGUUCCCAUUCAUGGCGGUAACACUUAUUCGUAUCAUACAUCUACGCAUGUUAUGAAGGUUUUACACGAACCUUGUAAGGAUGAAGAUUUGAAACAUGAUCUAAAAAUGUUUUGGGACUAUGAAACUCUUGGAAUAAAAGAGAAUGAACCUUCCGUUUACGAUGAAUUUUUGAACAAUGUUGAGUUUUUAAACGAUCGCUAUGAAGUCUCUUUACCUUUGAAAGAAGACCAUAAAAUAAUUCCAGACAAUUACUCUGUUAGCGAAAAGAGAUUGUUUUCUCUUUUAAACAAAUUGAAGAAUCAUCCUGAAGUAUUGAAUGAGUAUGACAAAAUUAUUUCGGAUCAAUUGAAAAAUGGCAUAAUUGAAAGAGUCGAUCCGACUGUUAACUUUGAUGUUGGAAAAACGCAUUAUCUUCCCCAUAGAGCAGUUGUAAGGGAGGAUAAAACAACAACACGUGUACGUAUUGUUUACGACGCUUCUUCUAAGUUGCCUGGUGAAACAAGCUUGAAUGAAUGCCUUUAUACAGGACCAGCGCUUACUCCGUUAAUUUUUGACAUUUUAUUGCGUUUUCGCUUUAAACCUAUCGUCUUGAUGGCAGACAUGGAAAAAGCAUUUUUGAAUGUUAGUAUCAAACCUGAUGAACGCGACUUUCUGAGAUUUCUUUGGGUCAAUGAUAUUUCUGACAGUGACAAACUCGAGAUCGUUUGUUUUCGGUUCACAAGAUUGGUUUUUGGCCUCGUCAGUUCACCUUUUGUUUUGAAUGCUACUAUCAGAGCUCAUUUGGCCAAAUAUGCCCAAAGCAAUGAAAAAUUUGUACGAAAUGUCUUGAAUUGCUUAUACGUGGACUAUUUUAUCUCCACCUUCUCUUCUAAGACGGAAGCCUUGGAGUCUUACAAGGAACUGAAACUCUGUUUCAAAAGGGGAGGUUUCAAUUUAAGAAAGUGGGAAUCUAAUUGUUGUGAAUUGGCUGAUGAAAUUGCAAAGAUCGAAUCAAAUAAUUUCGAAGCAAAUAAUGUAUUAAAGGAAAGGAAAAUUGAAGAAGAAGAUGAAAGUUUUUCGAAGUCUUCAUUUAAGAACGAAGAUAUAGAGAAUAAUGCUAAAAUCUUAGGCUUGGCAUGGGACAAAACGUCCGACAGAAUUUGGUUUGAUUUCUCAAAAAUCUUUUCAAAUGAUUGCCAAUUCGUAACGAAACGUGAAAUUCUGAGUUCAACGGCUAAGAUAUAUGACCCACUUGGUUUACUUUCGCCAAUUGUGGUUCCUUUAAAGUUACUCUUUCAAGAACUUGGCAAGAAAAAGAUGAAGGCUUGCUUCGUGCAACCAACUGGAUUUGCAUCUGAUGGCAGGAAUUUGUCGAAUGUUGCUAACAGGCACCAAGAAUCAAAAAGUCACAUGACAUGUCACGCUUCGUAG